GAGAACGUCCCAUAUCCACACCACAGAGGAGGAGUGCGCAGGCGCAUUGCCGCCCAGUUUUGGGAGCAUGCGUAUGUGAUGGGAAUCCUCUUUGUCUCUGCAGAGUCGCUGAGCAGUGGCGAAGUCGAUGGUUUAGAGAUAUUUUGUGGAGACCACAAAGCCUUGUUCGUAAUUGGCAGGUCCCUUUGGAGUGAAAUCUGAUUUCUAGUGAACAAGAAGGUCGGGGGCUGAAGAAACAAGCGGUAUGGGCCGAAAGUCCCCAAUAAGAAGCUGCAAAUCAUGCGCUUUGUCCCGGGACGAGGUCCAGGUUAGCGGCAGCCAUCUUGAUUCAGAAGAUGGGGAAACUCGAACCAAACUUCAUGUCAAGAUCUGACAAGAGUCACUCGAUUCAUUAGGGCUUGAAUAUCAUCAGCCUCUGAAUGUGAACAUUGUUUUUCUUUGGGAAAAGAUUUCAAACCUCAUUUUGACUGGAAAAGCACUGAGAAACAAACACAUAUCUAAAUGAGAGUUUUCCAGUUCACUGACUGUGGGAAAAGCUUUAACCAGUUACACAGCCUGAAAACUCAUCACAUCAUUUGCAGUAGGGAGGAACCACACACCAUAUUGUGUGUGGACAAGGCUUUAAUUGAUCGUACUACCCGAAGACAUACAAAGACACCAGCACUAUGGAGAAACCAUGGAAAUGUGAGGACUGUGGUAAAGGAUUCAAUUGUCAAUCCCGGCUGGAAUACCAUCGACGUAGUCACACUGGGGAGAGGCCGUGGAAAUGUGAUUAUUGUGGUAAAGGAUUCAAUCAUCGAUACCUGCUGGAAUACCAUCGACGCAAUCACACUGGCGAGAGGCCUUUCACCUGUUCUGUGUGUGGGAAGGGAUUUACUCAGUCUGCCAACCUCAUGUUACACCAGCGAAUUCACACUGAGGAGAGGCCAUUCAGUUGCACUACCUGUGGAAAGAGGUUCAGUUGUUCAGCCAACCUCAAUGGCCACCAGCGGGUUCACUCUGCAGAGAGGCCAUUCACCUGCUCCGUAUGUGGGAAGGGAUUCACUGGAUCCUCCGAUCUGCUGAAGCACCAGCAAACUCACAGUGAGGAGAGGCCAUACAGCUGCACCUCCUGUGGAAAGGGCUUCAGGCAGGCAUCCACCCUCAUUGCACACCAGCGGGUUCACACUGGGGAGAGGCCUUUCACCUGCUCCGUUUGUGGGAAGGGAUUCACUGGGGCAUCUGGCCUCCAGUCACACCAGAGAAUACACACCGAGGAGAAGCCCUUCACCUGCUCUUCCUGUGGAAAGAACUUCAGGCAGUCAUCUGCCCUCAUUGCACACCAGCGAAUUCAUACUGGGGAAAGGCCGUUCACUUGUUCCGUGUGUGGGAAGGGAUUCACUCAUUCAUCCGGCCUUCAGUCACACCAGCGAAUUCACACUGAGGAAAAGCCGUACAGCUGCUCUUCUUGUGGAAAAAGUUUCAGGCAUUCAACUGCCCUCAGUGCACACCAGCGAGUUCACACUGGGGAGAGGCCGUUCACCUGCUCCGUGUGUGGGAAGGGAUUCACUCACUCCUCCAACCUUCUUUCGCACCAGCGCAUUCACACUAAGGAGAAGCCAUUCAACUGCACUUACUGUGGAAAGAGUUUCAGGCAGUCAUCAACCCUCACUGCACACCAGCGUGUUCACACUGGAGAGAGACCGUUCACCUGCUCCGUGUGUGGGAAAGGUUUCACUCAGUCUGCCAACCUGCUGAUGCACCAACGCACUCACACUGGGGAGAGGCCAUUCACCUGCUCUGUGUGUGGGAAAGGGUUUACUCAGUCCUGCAGCCUUUCAUUACACCAACGCACUCAUACAAUGGAAGACUGUUCACCUGCUCUGUGUGAGAGACCAGAUUCACUCAGUCAUGAUACCUGCUGACACAUAAGCAACAACAUAAGUGAGCAGUGCCGGUGUUUGAUUCUACUGUUAUUGCUGCUGUUUACCCCCAUCCAGAAUCAGUAGUCUGAUAAUAUUUGGUUUGGCUCUGCUGAUGUUAACAACCCCUAUAACUGGCUGGAGUUUAACAUUCUGAGGAUGUCGCUGAUGUUUGGGUUGCAGUGCCCCUUUUUAAAAGCACCAUCUGUGAUCUUUAUCCUUUAUUCAAGAAUGUUCAACUGGAAUUCGUUUACAUCAAAAUAUGAGCUUUUACUUCAAUCCUAAAUUGAUCAUCGGUGCAAAAUCUACAAUUCAGUGUCUGAAAAGUUAACAUCUCCAAUUAGAAAGUGUUGAUUAAUCUUUGCUGACAAUUCUUACUGACUUGCUUAUUGCACACUGUGGCACCUCUAUUAUUAAAUCAAAUUAUCAAAGAACACGAAGCAAAAUAGUACAAUAUUUUACAAAGCUUGAUCAAUCAGCAUGAAUAUUGUUGAUGGUUGGAAGUCGCAGAGUUCAAUUAUUUAUAAUGCAGCAGCAGCAACAUUUGGUAAGGUUGGAACCCACAACAAAGACUGGUUUGAAAACCACUCAGCAGAGAUGACAGCUGUCAAUGAAGCAACAAAAGGAAAGCCUAUCUGAUACACAUCAUAAACCCAUCAGCUAGAACAUGGCAUAAAGUGAAAGCAGCUAAGACUAUUAAUGUUGGAAUUGUGCUGCUCUUGAUUACAUGCUUUAAGUUGGUAAUUAAGCACAUUUGUCCCUAAUUGGGGAAUGAUUAGACAAUCAUCGCAGGAAUAUAUAAAGCAGUUCACUCUGGGUGUUGGGGAGAAACUGGGAGAGUUUGUGACUUUACUGUCUUGGAAAUAGACUUGUUUUAUGGUUAAGGCUAGGUUCAGACAGAUUCUCCCUCAACAUACAAUUAUUGGAAUUAACAAAGACAGUUGUGCAAAAGACGGAGACGUUCUACAUGUGAACACUGGAUCAACCGAUGUCAAGAAAUACAAAGUGCCUCAUGACAAUGUGCUAUGUAUGAUUAAAAGGGCAUUUGGUUCUAGCAUCACCGUGUGAAACGUACAGUGACAGAAAUAAACAAAUGUUCCAAUG